AAUCCAUCCCUUGUUCCCGCCAAACCCUCUGAACCCCUACUUCCAGCCCAGCUCAGCCCAGCCCAGCCCAGCCCCUGUCCUCUCUCCAAAACCAUUAACCGUCCCAGCCUUUCUCUCUCCCCAACCAAUUACACACCCCAACUCUCUCUCUCUCCUCCACACCAUUUCAAAACCACAUUUUCACCCUCUUUCCCUCAUACAACUCGUAAGCCCACCACCUCUUCUCUCUUCCCUCCACCACCUCUGUCUCUCCUCCAUAUCUCCCUCUCUCUCUCACACCAUGGGCAUGUGCUUCUCUCAAGCCGGCCGUAAGGGCCCGAAACCGGACGCCAAUGCGAAAGAACCCCCUUCCGGCCCCAAACCCGACCCCCCCAUUGCCACCUCGAAACCAACACCAACCCCCCCACCUUCUAAGCCUCCCCCUAUCGGCCCUGUGCUCGGCCGGCCCAUGGAAGACGUACGCGCCACUUACAUCAUGGGCAAGGAACUCGGCCGGGGCCAAUUCGGCAUCACCCACCUCUGCACACAUAAGGCAACAGGCCAGCCAUUCGCCUGUAAAACCAUAGCAAAGAGGAAACUUGUUAACAAGGAAGACAUUGAAGAUGUGAGGAGAGAGGUUCAAAUUAUGUACCAUUUAACUGGGCAACCAAACAUAGUUGAGCUCAAAGGUGCUUUCGAAGACAAGCAAUCUGUUCAUCUGGUUAUGGAGCUUUGUGCCGGAGGCGAGCUGUUCGAUAGGAUUAUCGCGAAGGGGCAUUACACGGAGAGGGCAGCGGCAGCGCUGAUGAGGACCAUUGUGCAGAUUGUGCACACCUGCCAUUCAAUGGGGGUGGUGCACAGGGAUUUGAAGCCGGAAAACUUCUUGUUGUUGAGCAAGGACGAGGAUGCGCCGCUGAAGGCGACGGAUUUCGGGUUGUCGGUGUUCUUCAAGCAGGGGGAAGUAUUCAGGGACAUCGUAGGCAGCGCAUAUUACAUAGCACCUGAGGUUUUGAAGCGAAAGUAUGGACCAGAAGUUGACAUAUGGAGCAUAGGAGUGAUGCUUUAUAUACUCCUCAGUGGAGUCCCUCCAUUUUGGGCAGAGUCAGAGCACGGGAUCUUCAACGCCAUUUUGCGUGGCCAAAUUGAUUUCACGAGCGAUCCAUGGCCGUCGAUCUCAGUCGGUGCCAAGGAUCUUGUGAAGAAGAUGCUUAACUCUGACCCUAAGCACAGGCUCACAGCUUUCCAAGUCCUCAGUCAUCCAUGGAUUAAAGAUGGAGAAGCACCUGAUAUUCCUCUUGACAAUGCCGUCUUGAGCAGGCUCAAACAAUUCAGAGCCAUGAACAAGUUCAAGAAAGUCGCAUUAAAGGUCAUAGCAGGGUGCUUAUCAGAAGAAGAGAUUAUGGGAUUGAAAGAAAUGUUCAAGAACAUGGACACUGACAACAGUGGAACAAUCACACUUGAGGAAUUGAAGCAAGGCCUCUCAAAACAAGGAACUAAGUUGUCAGAGUACGAAGUCAAACAGUUAAUGGAAGCUGCAGAUGCUGAUGGCGAUGGAACCAUUGACUACGACGAGUUCAUUACGGCGACCAUGCACAUGAACAGGAUGGAUAGGGAAGAACAUCUCUACACUGCGUUCCAAUACUUUGACAAAGAUAACAGUGGGUACAUCACCCCGGAGGAACUAGAGCAAGCAUUAUUGGAAUACGGCAUGCAUGAUGGCAGAGAUAUCAAGGACAUUCUCUCUGAAGUAGAUGCAGAUAACGAUGGGAGAAUCAACUACGAUGAGUUUGUGGCAAUGAUGAGGAAAGGGAACCCAGAGGCGAACCCAAAGAAACGACGUGACAAGUUUGUCUGAUCAUAUUUUUGAUACCUGCCCAUGACUUUUGAAGAAGCAAUUGUAAUAUUAGUGGCGGUAAGGAGGGUUCAUUCAAUGUAUUUUCAUGGCGGGGUUUUGGUUAGUGAAAUUCAUGCACAAAUCUAACUGAUUUGGAUGAAGGGAAAGAGGUGAGAGGGGGGAGAGGGAGGUGAGAGAGGGAGAGAUUUGGGGGGAGGGGAAAAGGGGCCAGUUAAAACUUAUAUACUAGUGUGGAAUGGAGAGUGGUUGUAUCUGUUUCUGUUUCUCCCUUUAUUGUCCCUCUUUCCAUGUAUCUUUCAAUUGUUAAGGCAAUGAUUCAACCAAUGCCUUCUAGCAGCACAUCCUAAAUGUUAGGGUUUCAUAAAGGACAUUGGACAUUAACUAUUUUCAUAAGAAUAACCAUCCUGACAUUGAUGAGUAAGAAUAUUUACAAAAUAUCAAAAAAACAGAAGACAGAUUACACGGAUGAGUACUCUUUCUUCCUCUACU